AUGAACGCAGUUGGUACCACAGAAGCCUCCCAGCUACAAAGGCCAGAGAACUGUCAUUCGUCUAGCCGUAUUAGGGCAUUUCUUAGGCUCUCAAGAGUUGCAACAGAUGACACUAUUAGACAACACUUGAAUGAAGUCAAAUCAACAAAAGAUUGUGACUCCUAUUUCCAAAAUACGAUCAUACCCCAGUGGGAAGCCAGAUCUUCGCUAAUAGGGUUUUGUUCGGAUUAUGUGGACCAUUUGAGAGCAGAAAGUUCACAUGGAAAUACGAUUUUGCCAGAUCUGAUCAAUCCAGAUGACUAUGAUCUAAGGUUGGAUCCGUACGCUAUUAAGAACAAAGAAGAUCAAAUUGGAGCACAAUUUGCCCAAUCUAAUGCCAUUGCAAAUUGGGUCCAAAAUGAGAGAGAAGUGGAAUCUAUCGUGAGAGAACAAACAGCAGAAAUCCUCAAUGAGAAAUGUUACUAUAAAGACUGGUUAAAAGCAUUCAAAGACAAUUAUAUAAAUUACACUUCAUAA